AUGGGUGUCGUAGAAAAGAUCAAGGAGAUCGAGGAGGAAAUGGCUCGUACUCAGAAGAAUAAGGCGACUGAGUAUCAUCUGGGUCUUCUAAAAGCAAAAUUAGCACGAUACCGCGCUCAACUUUUGGAACCUACCACGAAAUCAGGCCCCGCUGGUACUGGAUUUGAUGUGCAGAAGUCUGGGGAUGCCAGGGUUGCUCUGAUUGGAUUUCCCUCUGUUGGAAAGUCUACUCUCCUUAGCAAGACUACUCAUACAGCAUCCGAGGCGGCUGCAUACGAGUUUACGACAUUGACCGCCAUCCCUGGCGUCAUAGAAUACAAAGGAGCACGUAUCCAACUUUUAGAUCUUCCGGGGAUUGUUGAAGGGGCUAGCCAAGGACGGGGGCGUGGGCGUCAAGUUGUGUCCACGGCAAAAACUGCCGAUUUGAUUCUCAUUAUGCUUGACGCUACAAAAUCAGAAGAACAGCGGAGACUUCUUGAGUUUGAGUUAGAUGCGGUUGGCAUUCGACUCAAUAAAACCAAACCCGACAUUGUUUUCAAGAAAAGGACGACAGGAGGUAUCACAUUCAAUACGACUGUUAAAUUAACGAGGACGGAUGAAAAGACGAUAAGGACGAUUCUCGCUGGAUAUAAACUGCACAAUUGCGAUGUAAUGAUCCGGGAAGACAUAACCACAGAUGAAUUCAUCGAUGUUCUUAUUGGGACAAGAAAAUAUAUCCCUUGCCUCUACGUGUACAACAAAAUCGACUCAAUAAGUCUCGAACUAAUGGACAAGCUUGGUCGACAACCUAAUACGGUUGUUAUCAGUUGUGAAAUGGAUCUCAAUCUGACCUAUCUCAUCGAUCGGAUUUGGGACGACCUUCGGCUUGUCAAAAUCUACACCAAGAAGCGAGGGGAUCAUCCAGAUCUGUCAGAUCCCAUCUGUCUUCGGAAAGGCGCUACCAUUGAGGACGUUUGCAACGGUAUUCACCGUUCCCUUGCCCCUAACUUUCGAUAUGGACUUGUUUGGUGCGGAAAAUCAAGUAAAUUCUCGCCCCAUGCCCAGAAAGUGAGUUUGGCGCAUCAGGUUCAAGAUGAGGACGUUGUUUCAAGUGCGUUUCAUGGGUUUCAUAAAAUGAGAUUUCUCACAUAUAACACCCUAAAGUCUUUACCAAGUGAUUGGUGAAAAUGUGAAACAAGUGUAAAGUUCGUCAGAAUAAAGUACGAGGCGGCGGGUUCCAAUUCCCCGAUAGUUGGCCCUUGAAAUCAAGAUUGUUGGCCUCCUUGAUCUUCAUCUAACCACGAUCUUUAAUUUUACAUGUACCUACCCAUGACUGAAAGACCACAGAAAUGACCAGACGC